CUUUCCUCUGUAACCCCAUCAUCUCCCUUCAAAAACCAACGAUAACCAAAUGCAAAUCCUUGUCUGAACAAAAAAACCCACCACCCCAACUACCCCCAAAAUCAAUGGGUUGUGUAUCUUCCAAACUCUUCAGAAAUGAUUUCAAACAAGAAAUUCUAUGCAAAAAUGGUGAAGAUUACACUCACCAUAUUGUGUCCUUAACUUCAAGUACUUAUGGUGCUUUAAAUCUUGAUAAAGUUCAAAACUUUACACAAAAUCCACUUCCUUGUAUUAAGGAAUGUGUUAGAGAAGUCAAGAAAUCGCCACCCCGCGAUGUAUCUCAUGAAGUUAUUAAUACUUGGGAACUAAUGGAAGGUCUAGAUGAAGAAUUAGUAGUUCCUAAUUCCAAAAUUAGCCCGAAAUCUCGAGGUUUUUUACGUGGUUUUGCUGAUAUCGAUGCUCGUAGUAGCCCGUUAAAGUUCUUGAAUCAAAUGAGUUCUCCUCGAAAGUUGAAGAAAUUUGGAGGUAAAGAGAAUAAAGGAAAGGCUAAUGGAGUUGGUAAUUUUGUUGGUCGAUCGGAUUUUAGCCCGAAAAGUGUCUUGAAAGAAAGUAAAAAAAUGCAGCAAAGUCCAUGGAAAAUGACACCAAGAUUGAGAAAUUCUAAGCAGGAGAGUCCGAAUGAGUUGAAAUGUGAUAGUUUGAAGGUUGAUUCUGUUGUGAUUUCGUCGAGGAGGAGAAGUCUAAGCCCUCUAUUCGAUCCACAGCUCGUGGCAGCAUUCGAGAAAGAACUAUCCGAAGAAGAAGAACAGAUCAAGACAAUGGUUUCUGUAACACCACUUUCGCGAAAAGCUAGGAAUUCGCAGGAAGCAGAAUCUAUGCUUGAAUUAUUCGACGAAAAAUGCCCCCCGGGUGGUGAAAAUGCAGUUGUAAUUUACACAACUACAUUAAGGGGUAUAAGGAAAACAUUUGAAGAUUGUAAUACUGCUAGAGCGAUACUCGAAUCGAAUGAUAUACAGAUGUUUGAGCGAGAUAUAUCGAUGCAUUCGGGGUAUAAGGAGGAAUUGAGAGGGCUAAUGGGUAAAAAAGAGGUGAAGGUUCCUUUAGUAUUUGUGAAGGGAAGGUUGAUAGGUGGAGCUGACGAAAUGGUGAAGUUGGAGGAGGAGGGUAAAUUGGGAAUUUUACUCGAUGGGAUUCCGAGGGCGGUCGCUGCCUGCGAGGGCUGUGCCGGAAUCCGGUUUGUUAUGUGUAUGGACUGCAAUGGAAGUCGCAAAGUGAUGGCUAAGGAUGGGAAGAGUACUGUCAAAUGUGGAGAGUGUAAUGAGAAUGGUUUGAUCCAAUGUCCUAUUUGUUGUUAACUAUGAUUUGUACUAGUAGUAUAUUAGUAUCAUUUUCUUAAUGUGUUGGAGGGGGAAGAAAAAGAAUCAAAAAGGUAUUUAACUAGGUUGCAUACCAUUGUCACUUUGAUUGCAAGUUUGUAUUGAAAUGGCUAUAAAAUCAAUUUGUGCUCAUUUUGCUGCUGAAUUAUGUAUGGAGAAUAGCUAUGUUG